UUACCAUCACAAUUGCAUAUCGUUAACCACAUGGGUAAUGAAAGGUUGAGGUUAAGGUUGAGUCAAAACAUUUUUUCAGAGUCAAAAACAAAUAAUUGAAGAGUGAAAUCAAUAAAAAAACAAAAGCAUUAAUUAAUCUAUAAAACUGAUCCAACGGUUUUAAGAAAAAAGUAUUUCAAUAAAUUAAUAAAUUUCCAUUGCUUCUACUUUAUUGGAACUAAGUAUCUAACAGCAAUAAACAAUGACGGAAAAUACAAUAUCAGUUGAAAAAAAGAUUGAUGUCAGUGAUGAUGAAGGAGAAACAAAUAAUCAAGAUCAAGCAGAGACUUUAAAACUUUCUACAUCGGAGUUUAUUAGAAAUAUUACUCCAUUAUCGUCUACUGUUGAAAUUAUCGGGAAAAUAGAUGAAAUUAGUGCUCCAAAAUCUGUCACUUAUAAAUCAGGUGAACAGGGUAUUGUAUUUAAGUUUGUCAUUUGCAAUGAUGAGGGUGUCAGGGUGCAAGUUUUGGUCUGGAACGAAGACAUUGGAAGAGUUAUUCAUUAAUUCAUUAGUUAUUAAUUCGAUCACCAUUGGCUCGGUUAUCCAUAUUGAUGGUGCUUUUUCGAAAUUCAUCUCUCUCGAUAGCGAUUACAACAAUGGUAAUGUCAGUAUAGAAUUGGUUAUACAAUCCAACACCGUAAUUGACACUAUACCAUUAAGUCCAGCAGAAGUGAUACCUGUUGUUGAAGAGGAUUAUCCUCUUAUUACUAUUGAAGAAGCUGAACAAUACUUAAAGAAAAAAAUCCGUAUGCAAGGUUAUGUGAAAACAAAUUUUGAUACUGUUAAGAUUAAAGGCGAAAAUUCGUUCAUUUGCUGUGGAUCAAUGGCUUCAGAGUCUGGUUUUAAAAUUGAAAUUAAGAUAAUUCAGUUCAAAAAACCAUUUAAGAGCCCAUUUAGUAAGGGUGAUCAUAUCGAAGCUGUUGGUAUUAUGAAGAAUUAUUUAAAUCAUGCUACAAUAAUCUUAAAUUCACUGGAAAAUAUGAAAAAACUUGAUGAAAAGAAAAUGCCUCUUCACAAGUUGGUCCUGGCGAACAAAGAAUUAAAAUUCCAGAAUCAAGAUGAAUAUUCCUAUAAAAAACAGAAGAGAUUUUAAGAUUUAAAUAAUUUACAGUGAUUAAUUACGCUCUGAAGAUACAUGCAUAUUUUACUUAAAAUUCAAAAAUUACUUACAUUUUAUGAACUAAUAUUAUCACUUUCAAAUAAUUGUUUAAAGGUAAAAACUGCAAAGUUAAACAGUAACAGAGUAAAGAUAGAUUAUUGAGGUAAUGUUAAACAUUUCUAAUGAAUUGUUUAAAUUUUGUCAUUUCUCUUGGAAUUUUUUUUUUCAUUUUUAUCGAAGUCUUAUCAAAAAUUUAGAUUAUAUUUUGUCAACAAUAAUUACUCAAUUAUCAUUUUGAAUCGGUUAUCGAACUUUGUGCUAAUAAAUUGGAAAAGUUGUCAAAUUUCUGAACUUUAUUAUUGUUUGAAAAAAUAUAUAAAUGACCACAUAAAACAUGAUAAUUGACAACAAUUCAUAUAAAGCAUAAAUUCAU